AAAAAACUCACUUCCCUCCCCCUCGGUGGUUGCAACAUCAUAUCCAAAGCUCUGCGUCCACAACCGCAGUCGCCUUUUACGCACCAGCGAGUGGAGAAUAGUGCAGGAGAUCCGCUCUCCUUUCGCAUGACUUUGCUCAUAUAAUCUCCAGACGUUUGGACUUAUCCCUACUCAACAUUUGUGGAGCUACUCACUCGCUUGGACUGGACUAUCGGCUGCGCGCAAACGUCGUGCGCAACGAAGAGAUGAGAAUUGUGUCCUGAAACCAGAUUUUGCUAAAUGCUGCUUUAGAGUGAAGACGUGCAAGGCACCAGCCUACACAUGGAGUCCAGGGUUCCCCACCACAUCCCCGGCGUAUCCUCCUCCCUCAUAUCCCAGCCCCUGCUGGACAGUCGAGUGCCCUACGGACGCCUGCAGCACCCUCUCACCAUUUACCCCAUCGACCAGAUAAAGUCCUCGCAUGUGGAGAACGACUACAUCGACAGUCCUGCCGUCGUCUCUCAGCAGCCCCCCAGCCAGAAGUCUGUGAACCGAAGAAUUAAUUGGCUUGGUCAGAAUCAGGAGGCCUUCCUCGGGGCAAACCACAACCAUCAUCACAAUCACCAACACCAGCACCACCAGCAGGGCAGGUGUGAGCCCCACCCCCACCCCCACCAGGACACCACCACCCACCCUUGGAUUUCAUUCAGUGGGAGGCCCAGCUCCAUCAGCAGCAGCAGCAGCACCUCAUCAGAUCAGAGGCUGUUGGACCACGCUGCCCCCACCCCAACAGUGGACCACCACCCAAACCUGCACCCCCACCAGGGCCCCGUCAACGCAAUCACAACCCGAACUCCAGGCUGCUUCACUUCCUCUGAAUCAAAAGUCCUCACCUCCUCGUCCUCUGCUUCAUCUUGCGCCUCCUCUAAAUCGCUGGACCUCAAGUCUGCAAAGAUGCCUGCAGGAGGCGUGUGCACCACUGGAGGCCAGCAGGGGUUGGCGCUGAUCCCUUCCUCCCCGGCCGAGAAGAAGCACCUCCUUCUCUGCGAGCACUGCGGGAAGUGCCGAUGCACGGAGUGUACGCUCCCCCGGACCCUACCCUCUUGCUGGGUCUGCAACCAGGAGUGCCUGUGCUCUGCUCAGAGCUUGGUGGAUACAGCCACCUGCAUGUGCCUGGUCAAAGGGAUCUUCUACCACUGCACCGAGGAUGAGGACGACGAGGGCUCCUGUGCCGACAAGCCCUGCUCGUGCUCCCAGGCCAACUGCUGUGCACGCUGGUCCUUCAUGGCGGCCCUUUCAGUUGUCCUGCCUUGCCUGGUCUGCUACCUGCCAGCUACAGGUCUGGCCAAACUGGGACAGAAGUGUUACGACAAUGUUAGCAGGCCCGGCUGCCGCUGCAAGAACUUACAGGGCGGCGUGACGGCCCCAGUGUGUAAAAACGGAGGCGUGGAAGCAAAGGUUGGGACGCUAGAGAAGCAGCAGCAGGGAUCAUGAUAGUGGACCAAACUGGCUCGCGCUGGCCUUGCUAAGAAAUGGACAGGACCAUAUAGUACUUGCUUGCUCUCUAUGGAAAGGACAAUCCAACACCAACCCCUUAAACUACCCCAUUAAUCUACUGGAAGGUGACUUAUGUAAAACAAAGGUACUUAAAUGGCUUCUUGACCUAUGUUGGAUGAUCAAAUGCGGCCUGUUCGGAAAGAGUUGGCUAGUAUGAAUAGCUAGCAGGCCCUCUGAGAUGUUUUUUUUUUGUUUGUUUGUAAGAGUGACACAAUAAGAAGAAGACACAAGAUUGUGGGACUGGUGUUUGUGUUGUUUCGCAAAGAUGGCUGAAGGCACAAAGUCAUUGUACCUCUCUGCUGCUCUGUAUUUCUCAGCUAAUUUUGUAACAGUAACUAACCAGAAGCUGGUUGCUGAUCCUCAGAUAACAUAAAAGGUAUUUGAUGGAGAUAAAUAUCUGUACGCUCCCCUACUACCCCCCCCCCCCCCCCCCACUCCCUACCCCCCAAAAGGACAGCCCAGUGUCCGUCUGUCUGAACAAACACGACAACAUGUGAUCACCUAUACUGCUUUAUGAUAGGCCACAGCAAGAGUGAAACCACCACGUACUCACUCUCUCCACGAUUAUGAUGAACACCACCUUUUACUGUCGCCAUUUUAUCUCUUUUAGCUUAAAAGAUGCUAGCUUGGUAAUGCUAACAUUUUAUCUCUAAGUAUUAAUCUCCACAGAGGAGCUGUAAAAACGAGCCUUUGUGAGACUUAAAGAUAUUAGUAAUUUUCCAUAAUUCUUACUCUGUCUUGUGCAUAAGCAGUUGUACAGCAAUGGAGAGAGAGAGAUGGUCACUUUACUGUGUGUUUCCUGUUUUUAGGGGGUGAAUCCCAGAGAUUCUAAAGGUUUUUGAAUGCUGUUCACCAAUCACCUCAGAGGUAAUGCAUGUCAUGACCUGCAUGCUCUAGUCUAAUGGUUAGCCACCAUGCUAGAAGUUGAUGUGUCGUAGAGAAAUUGUGUAAAAAAAGUACACCCAACCUUCUCAGGGACUGUUUCAGUAAUCCUCUCUAGAACUUGGCCUACAGCAUGUUGAUUUCUAAACUGCCUAAGAGCCUGGUCUACUUCCUCUUUGCACAAGAAGGCAAAGAAACAUUUAGGGGCAAAAAGGCAAUAGUGAAUAAUUUAAAACAAGUAAGCUAAGUGAGCGACAAACUGACCAGAACAUAAGGUUUCCAGAGGAGAGGUGAUGCAAGUGAUAGAGAGUGAAGAAAGGGGAGAGAAGGCAUAGCAAAGUUGUUGUUGUGUUUAUAUCUAGUCAGCCUUUGUCGAAAUCAAACCUGCCACUUGCACAACCUUUUUAGGAAGACGCAAACCCCUUAAUGUACUAAAGCACAGUAUUAACUACCACCUCAGCUAUCUCACAUUACGUUUGCGUGCACCACAUUUAGUCCACACCCCCCAAGCCCCCUCUACACACAGUGUCUUCAUUAAAUUCUAAUCAUGCUGCAUAGCUGCGUUAGUCAGAUAGUCUGUCUUUUAUUCUUAAAGUCUAUUUUUGUGGCUUGCAUGAUGUUCUUAGGACUUUGCCAAAGGAAGCUAGCGUACAGUAGCUUGUUUUCGCUGUCUGAGUGAUCACAGUUGUUAUGCACAUUUGCCAAAUGGAGUUGACGGCAGUUGGUUCUUAAAGGCAUUCUGCCCUUUAAUACAGAUGGCCUUUUCUGUUUGGCAUAAAGGCAGACUGUCUUUGUUGCUCCAUAACACACACCUCUCUUUCAUGUUGGACCCUUAACUUCCAUUAGGGUGCCUAACUUAGCUCAUAUCUGUAUUUGUCUUGUUGCACAAAGCUGGUAUCACACAGGAAAAAAAAGAAGAAAAAAAACACACUGUCCUUAGUCUUGAAUGUAUGAGGCAAUAUUUUCAAACCUAGCAAUUCAGUCCGAGAGAAAGGUGCCAAAACAGAGAAUGAUUGUGUGACUGGGUAAAGGCGUACGUGGGCGGCAAAAAUCACAAAUGUUUUGACGAUAUAUUUAGUAAUAGAGCUAUGCAGGUGAAAUGUUAUUUGCUGUAAAUAGUUUCACAACAUUUGUGUUCUUUAGAAGAGACUUUUAAAUGUCCUUGAAAGAUUGCAUGGUACGUUAUAACUACAAUUCAGUACAAAAUAUAUAGAGAAUAUAUUAGAUAUAUAUUUUGAGGGUAAGAUGUUUUUGAGGUUGUGAGAAUAAAUAAAUAAAAAGAGGGAGUGUGGCAAGAGGAAGGUUCGGGAAGGGGUAACACAAAUGACUAUCUAUCACUAGCACUUGAUUUAGAAAAGUAUGCCGGGCAAUAACAAAAAAAGAAGAAGAAGAAAAAAGCUCCUGCUGUUAAUGCUAUCCAUGGCUCAUUAGCAGUCGAGAUGCUAAGCUAAUUCCCUGGUUCCUCUCCGAGUCCUACAGACUGUGGACUUAUUGAAUCCCCACAGGGAACACAAGCUACCCCUCUCCGGAUCAACCCAUUUCCUGCUGUUACUGCUCAGUGUAUCAGCUCGCUCCCCUCUUUUUUUUCUCUCUUGCUUUUUCCCCCUUCCUCUCUUCCUUCUUCUUCCCUCCUUCCUCCCUGAGAAAUAGUCCAACAAAACACCCCUGGCCUUGAUUGACAAACACAGCUGCUGUGCAUAAACUUGUCAUACCACAGAGACGGGAGAGAAAGACAAGUCUGUCUCUCUUUCUCUCCAUUUCUCGUCUGUUAUCCCCCACCCCCCCACCCCCCAGUCUUUGUUUUUCCUCUGGAUUUUGUAGUUCCGUGCCAUCUUUUUAAUCAGUGGACCUCUUUUUUUUAACAGUUGCUGCUUUUCUUUUCUUUUAUUACGCAGAUCUGUCACUGUAAGAGUAAUACUCUUCACUUCGCAUUAGCUUUAUACUUUUUUUUUAUGUGCUCGCUAGCCUGCUCAAGGUGUGGAAUAAUCAUCCAACAACGACAACUCAAUGAUUCAAACAUUUUUAUUCUUCUCUCUUUUUUGCCUCUGCUACAAUGCUGUGACUUUUACACACCCACACCCCUUUGUGUCGCUUAUUUUGCGGGGAUAGAUUUUUUUUUUUUUUUCAAUCCAAACAAGAGGAAAGGUCUCAUACAGCUGGGUGAUGAUCCUCCAUUCCUUUAUGCCUUUGCAAUGUCAGUGUUUGGGAUUAAGAACGAGAUCUGUGCUUUUGUUUUGUUUAGAUAUAACAAAAAGAAAAAAAAUCUCUCAUAUAAAAGGUUCCCUUUAUAGAUAUUUAUUUUGAAGUUCUAUUUUAUAUAGUAUUUAUUUAGAUGGCAACUUUUUGUUUGUGAAGAAAGCUUAUGUCGAAAAGGAAUGUACAUUGACAAUGGAAAUAUAUAUUGUUAAAUAUA